AUGGCUACUUAUGAUGACGAAAAGAAAAGAGGGAACUCAUAUUUCCAAGAAGGGAAUUACAAUAAAGCUAUAGAAUGCUAUAAUAAUUGUAUUCUUUUAGAACCUAACGAACCAGUUGCAUAUAGUAACAAGGCAAUGUCUCUGAUAAAACUAGGAGAGAAUGAGAAGGCUAUAAGAGUCUGUAAUGUGGCAUUAACCAAGAUUGAUCAUACUUGUGAACCACAUGAGGUAAUUAGCCGUAAGAUCAAAUAUAGAAUUAACCUAGCAAAAGAAGCAAUUGAUAAAGUAAGACAAACGACACAAACGCCAACUGAUGAAAUAUGCAAUAACAUUAUAAUUCGAGAAGUGGAUAAACUUCCUGAGGAAUUUGUGGGGUUAUAA